CGGUGGAUAACGCCGUCCCCAAACAAACCCCUCGGCUCGAUAUUAACGCGCCGCGUGAACUGUCGUAAAGUCUGAGUGACAAUUUGAAACGCUGGAUAGUGAAUGAUAGAAGGAAGGAGAACAGAUUAAAAAUAAAGUAUCCAAAAGAUUGAUGUGACACAUGUAUUUGCUAAUCAUAGCAUAAAACUAUUUUUGAACAUUGAAUUCAAAACCUUAAUAUUUAAAUCAUUUAAUGAUUUUUGCCAGAAAGUUUACUGAAUACACCCUCCGCUAUACGUUCUCAAAUAGAGGUUAGCUUUAAGGUAAGGCACAAUAGUACUACAUUUUGGAUUGUAGUUUAAUUAUAAACUUAACUAUUAAUAGCAGAAUUUCGGCGAACAGUGUGGCUAGGAUUCAGUGUUGGUCAAGAUUAGGAGCGCGGACCAAAUUUGUAAGUCUGAUGUAAGAAGAGAUAAAUGAACGUACACUAAUAAAGAAUUCAGCUUUUAGCAUUACCAUCACCAGAAUCAACGGUGUUGCUGCUUAAAAGACUCCGAACACUCUCACACCAACAAACUAAAAGAAAUUUGCCAUUAUGCCACGGAGUACACGUAGUGCGUCCGGAGCAAAGUCACACUGUCAGGCCUGUAUCGAGCCUGAUACAACCCGAAUGGUAUCUUGCUGCCAUUGCGGGAUAUGGUGGCACUAUGAGUGUGUGAAUGUUGACGAGAGCAUUUCUGGAACUGAUCGUACAUUCAUAUGUCCACGGUGUCAGAAGCCAUCACCUACUGUUCCAUCACACCCUUCACCUUCAGCCGGACCCAGCAGCAAGAAAGCCGUCAGCAUGUCCGGAACUUCGUCCACCUCCAGCGUGAGCGCUAGGAGGGCUCGCCUUCAGCUGGAAAAACUCGAGGCACAGAAAGUUCUGAUGGAGAAACGUCUGGAACACGCACGUCGAGAACAGCAGAUCAGGCAUGAGCAAGAGCGAUUGAUGCAGGAAGCUGAAAUAGAGCAAGCACGGUUGCAGAUGGAGCAAAACUUACUUGAAGAGUCAUUUCGCGUCAGGGAAGAAGAAUUGAAGGACGAGGAUAAUGAUGGGAAAAGCGUAUCAUCAGAACAGAGUAGUAACAGUAAGGUGCGGCAGUGGCAGAAACGACAAUUCUCAGAAGAAGUCCCAACGAUGGACCCGCUGUCAACAGCGGGUGAGGUUGCUCAAGCGCAAAUCGCUGCACCACAGGGGGCAAAUAGUCUUGUAAGUAGAGCUAUAGAGAGUAAGACAUUAAAUCAACCCUGCGUUGAACCAGCUCUAGGAGGAUUCAUUGGUAGAACAGUAUACGCAUUAGGGACCAUAGUCGAGGAAAGCAUUAGUGCACAAUCUAAUAGUUCCCAUGUUUGUCAAACCGGAGCCAUUCCACGUAUCCCAAACAAACAGAUUCAGUUUCCAAACAACAACCUUCUCAAUACCCCUAAAGGACUGCCUUUGAAGUCUAGGAACCCUGUUCCGUUGACGAGUUUGUCAAUGUUCGGAAACUCUCCCAAACCCGUACCUCCUCCCCCUAGUCAACAUCCAGCAAAUGCGGUGAGCAGAAACGAGAAGAAUAAUGCCAGUAGUGAAGUGAACCAUUCAAAUACAGUGCAGAGUGUCGACCAAGUUGUCCUGCAUAGUGAGGUAGAGCCACCAGCAGAUUCAGUGCUUCAUCAACCAGGGCCUUCGAUGCAAUGUACGCGGGGAAUUCAACCGAGUGCAGUGGGACCUCAACGGUUGAAUUUUGAACCCCCACCAGAAGCUGCAACGCAACGCUACAUAUAUCGGGAACCACAACCGUAUGCAUUGCGCACGGGACAGCCAGAACUACAACAGCAACGUGGACAACUUUGGGGACCUACACCACAGCAGCUAGCUGCCAGGCAGGUGAUGCCAAAGGAGCUGCCGAUUUUCUCGGGCAACCCGGAGGAUUGGCCGCUUUUCAUAAGCUCGUAUAAUAACUCAACCCAGGCGUGUGGUUAUUCUGACGCGGAGAACCUUGCCCGGUUACAGCGGUGCUUGAAGGGUCAUGCCUUUGAAUCAGUGCGAAGUCGCCUCUUACUACCGCAAGGAGUGCCACAAGUAAUUGACACCUUGCAAACACUUUACGGACGACCGGAGUUACUGAUUCAUACGUUAUUACAAAAAGUUCGAGUAGUGCCUGCACCGAAGCAUGACAGACUCGAUACCCUUAUUGGAUUUGGAAUGGCGGUCCAAAAUCUAUGCGAUCAUUUAGAGGCUGGAGGACAAGAUGCUCACAUUAAUAACCCGAUGCUGCUUUUCGAGCUUGUAGAGAAACUCCCCGCGAACAUGAAGCUUGAUUGGUCCUUGUACAAGCAGCGAUGUCAUAUAGUGAAUCUUCGUUUAUUCGCUUCGUACAUGUCAACUCUAGUGCGAGCCGCAACCGAUGUCACUCUUCAUUAUGGACCUCGACCAAUACAACCACAAAUGCGGGAGUUGAAGUCUGAGAAAGGUGGAAGGGAUAAAAAUUUCUGCGGAGCCCAUUCGAUGGAAGAAUCGCCCACGUCGAAAAAGUUAGAGAAGGAAGCAAAAGUAACGCUGGGUAAAUCAUCAAUCACAACUAACCCAGCGUGCCUCGUCUUUAAAGACCCCAAUCAUCGAGUGAAGGAGUGUGCCGAGUUCUCGAGCAAAAGCUUAGAUGAACGAUGGAAAACUGUGCAACAGUUUGGACUGUGUCGGAACUGUCUUAGCGCCCAUGGACGACGACCGUGCAAACUCUAUAGGCGAUUCGGAGUUGAUGGGUGUCUGUUAAAGCAUCAUACAUUGUUGCACUCUAAGCAGAAUCAACAGAGAGGUAAUCGAGACAAAAGUGUGGAAAACGUUUCUGGUUCUAAAGCUGUUACCAAUCAUUAUUACGCAGGAAAAACUACCCUCUUUCGUAUUAUUCCGGUUAUGUUAUUUGGGAAUAACCGAUCCGUUGCAGGGUACGCCUUUUUGGACGAUGGAUCAGAACGGCCUUUGGUCGAGCAGGACGUGAUGAACAAACUCGGCGUUGAAGGCGAACAUAUCUCCCUGUGUUUACAAUGGACCUCAAAUAUGAAGCGGACCGAAAGUGAAUCCCAGCAAGUUGUGCUGCAAAUAGCUGGAUCUAACGGGUCGAAACACACUUUGUCAGAUGUUUGCACUGUUAGUCGACUGGAUUUGCCACGCCAAUCAUUGCAUUAUUCUAAACUUACUGAGGCGUACACCCAUUUACAAGGGUUACCAAUUCAAGAUUAUGAUGAAGCGGUACCUUGCAUUUUGAUUGGAAAUGAUAAUGCGCAUGUUACAGCCACUCUCAAAAUACGUGAAGGACAGCCAGGAGAACCCAUUGCAGCCAAAACUCGAUUGGGAUGGACUGUCUAUGGGACAAACCAGGAUAAAACAACGGAUCAAGUAUAUACGUUCCACAUCUGUGAGUGCCCUAUUGAGGAAUCACUUCAUGAACUAGUUGAACAGUUUUUUAGUGUGGAAAGUCUGGGAAUAACAACAGUAGCGUGUCCUGAGACGGAUGAAGUGCGUCGAGCCAACGAUAUCCUAAAGCACACUACCAAACGGAUCGGACGGCGGUUCGAAACCGGACUUAUUUGGAAGUUUAACUACUUUGAGUUCCCGGAUAGUUAUGCCAUGGCAGUCAGGCGUCUUCAAUGCUUAGAACGCCGUAUGCAAAGCGAUCUAGUAAUAGGAGAGAGUGUGAAACGGCAACUUAUGGAGUACCAAGCGAAGGGAUAUAUCCAUAAAGCUACGGAAGAGGAGCUCAAUGAAGCUGAUCCACGACGCAUUUGGUACUUGCCCCUCGGCGUGGCUCUGAACCCAAAGAAACCUUCCAAGGUACGCAUAUUUUGCGAUGCAGCGGCAAAGGUGGACGGGAUAUCAUUGAACACAAUGCUACUGAAAGGGCCGGAUCUACUCAGUUCGCUGUUCGGAGUUCUUUUUGGAUUCCGGGAAAGGCGUAUUGCUCUUUGUGCCGAUCUAAUGGAAAUGUUCCAUCAGAUCCGAAUACGGAGCGAAGAUCGUAAUGCACAGCGGUUACUCUGGCGCGAGAAACCAACUCAAGAUCCAGUAAUUUACAUCAUGGAUGUAGCUACAUUUGGAGCUACAUGCUCCCCAUGCUCGGCACAGUUCGUUAAAAAUUUGAACGCCGCAGAACAUGCGGAGGAAUAUCCUAGUGCGGCAAGAGCAAUACAACGAAAGCACUACGUCGAUGACUAUUUGGAUAGUGCCGACAGCGAAAGCGAAGCGAUCAAGAUUGCCGAAGAAGUGCGACAUGUACACUCACUAGGCGGCUUCUACCUGAGGAAUUGGUUGUCGAACUCCGAAAAGGUUCUGGCACAGCUCGGGAGUGGCGUCCCAAUAACAGCAAAAGACUUGCAGUUGGAUAAAACAAACUCUUCGGAACGUGUUCUCGGCUUACAUUGGAGACCUGGGAGAGAUGAUAUUACAUUUACGGCGCAACUGGUCAGCCACGAGCAGCUACCGACUAAACGGAAAUCUCUUAGUAUAGUCAUGAGCAUGUUUGAUCCACUGGGUUUUCUAGCAUUUUUCUGA